CUUUUUCAUUUAUGAUACUGUCAGUUUGACGUUGAUGUUUACUAAAUAUUUAAAUUGACCUUUAAAAGUAUCAUCUAGUAUCCAAAUUCCAAAAAAAAUCUGACUAAAAAAUGCCUCGAGUUAAAAUUGAUUACGUUGUGAGCAUGAGCAGUGAGGACCCUGAAAAUCCGGCAAACAAUUUAUUAUCGUGGGAAAUAAAUAAAAAGAAAUGGCUUUGUAAGACGGGGGAGACCUCUUGUUCAGUAGUUCUACAGCUGACUAAGGCUGUCCAGAUAGAAUCGAUCACGAUUGGAACAUACCACACGUCUAUGUUAGAGGUGUUAGUAGGAUCAUCAGAGAAGCCCAAUGAAACCUUUGAGGUGUUAGUCCCGAGUUGUGUGCUGUGUUCUCCACGAGAGGCUCGCGGAGCACCAGUUGAGAGAGUGAAGAGCUUUACACGAGAUGAACUGACAUCUGUCCGACAGAGACGCUGGGACCGAUUGAGACUAGUCUGCUCACAACCUUACAACAGACACUGCAAGUAUGGAAUCUCAUUUGUUCAUAUCUUUGAACCGGAAAGUCCAACUCUGUCCGGUCACACAGCCUUGUCUAUCUCUCGCACGUUCCGCCUCGAGGAGCUUGGUUCAGAGGAUGAAGAGUUCCGUCCUGGGGAACUGUUCCAUAAACACAAACAAGACCAGAAAACACAUAAUAGUACUGAUGCACAAAUCAGACAAGCGACGUCGCGGGCACUGAACAACAUAGGCGACUCCUCCACCAGAUUAACAAAGACGCCAAUAUCGAAAACUAGCAACAGACCGUCUGAUCAAAGCUCGAAUUAUUCCACUCGAGAAAAGAGGAGUCUCAUGUAUACAGAGGAUGACGAGCAACCACACCAGAAAAUAGAUAGAGUUAUAGAAAGACAUGGGAGAGAGAAACAGAGAGAAGAUGGAAAAAAGAAAACUGACCAGGAGGCCAAGAAGAAGAAGACCGGCAGUAAGAGAGAAGAAAGUAAGGGAGAUGAGAAGAACAAGGAGACAAAACAUACAGACAAUCGGACUCAGGACCAGACACAUACUACAUUAAUGAAUUCCACUAAAAGGAAACACUCCCAGGAAGCCCCAUCCCGGGCUCCGGCCCGUCCCCUGUCUUCUCUUCUGUCGGAUGUGGUGUUCUCUAUUUCGGGAUACGUGAACCCGCGUCGAGCGUCGGUCCGCGCGGCCGCUCUCCGGAUGGGUGCGCACUACACGCCCGACGUCACCGCCGACUGCACACAUCUCAUCUGUGCCUUCCCCAACACUCCAAAACUCCGCCUGGUGCGGGGAAGCGUGGCCGUCGUCAAGGCCGAGUGGGUCGAAGACUGUCUGCGCUCGGGGACCAGGCUGAAGGAGACGACAUACGACACGAGGGGAGGGGCGGGGGGGCGCCACCAGGACAGUGAGAGGACGGGAGACGGGGGAGGAGGAGGGAGGGGGCGAUGUAGUAACGGUGACUCCGCAGAGACGGAGCAUGACACGGACGACGAAAUAGAACAAGUCAUGCGACGACAAAAGAGAAAACGACUCAGUGAAGAGGAAGAAGAGGGAGGGGAGGAAGACCGGGAUGUGAUGUGCGACACGGACGAGGAGGACGGAGAACAGAGGCGGGAGGAGAUAGACGCCCGUAAGUCGCUGCCGACGUUCCUGGCGGGAGUGACGUUCUCCCUGUGCCCGGAGCUGCCGGUGUGUGAGCGCGCGCUCCUGGAGCGGUACAUCACAGCCUACGGCGGGGUGGUGCUGCAGUGUGCCAGCGAGGCGCCGCAGUACACCAUCAGCUCGUCGUCCGCCUCCAACCCCGCUUGGCUGUGGGAGUGUCACACACGCGGACGACUGCUGCCGCUCGACUGAUCGCUGGGACCGUGUGUAGCGACCACAGCUCUGAUUCAAUAUUCUGUUGUGGGUUCACUAUACAAUAAAUGUCUUGUAUGAUAUUAGCAAGUUUUAUUUGAUACUGAUGGGAAGGAACGAACGACGCCCGGAGACGAAAGAUUACCUUUUAACACUGGAAAGACGGGGAGGGGUCCGGCGACGCAUUCUGACGUUCACGUUCGAUAACAUCGCAACUAUCACUGUGGGCGCGGCGCGAGCUUUGAUGGAAUAGUUUAUAUUUCAACGUGCCGUCGAUGUUAUGGCUAUAGUCUCACCCUGAACUAAAUAAACAUCACAUCCGCCGACACAGACGGCGCCGGGUCCUCACACCAAGCGGCAAUUAUUAAGAUAAACAGUAUCCCUCUGAGGGUAGGUCAUGAUACUUACAUUAUCCGUUUCCAGCUGAGGUUGUCACAUGUGAAGCUAAUUGUAUAGAAUCUCACCAACUGCUGCUUUCGUGGAGCAAACAGUGUCAUUUAGUUACUUUACAAUGUCUAGGCUGAGCGACCAUCAAAUAUUAUAAUCGUUACAAUCGUUGCCUGAGGAGCCGUGAGACGGUCAGACGGUGUGGGUGAAGAUGUAGAAAGUAAAUGCGAUUCAGAAGAAGAGAUAAUUCCAUCCGAAAAGAGUUCUGCAAGCACCGAAGACUCAAAUGACCGCACGCCACUAGGUUGUUAUAAGAAUAUUUGCAUCUAUUGAUUAUGAGAAUUACCGACGUAGAUGAUUUGACAUAUCUUACGAUAACUUUUGAAUAUAUUUCGUUGUCUUUUAAGCUGCUGUGCAACGUCAAAUAUCACUCAGGGGAAGAGGACGAAGGAGGCAAGGCGUGAGAUUCACGAAGGCAAACUGCGGAUGAUGCGGAUGGUAACAGUAUGGUGUCGGCGGGAGGAGGAUCGCGGAAAAAACUCUGGAACGGAGCUUGGUCAAGUAGGUCGACGAGCGCAGCACAACAUUUUGACUGAACACUCUCUUCCGACUCCGUACGCAAGAAAGAAAAUUGACGAUAAGUUUAUUACUGCCUGGAAACUUUUAUUGGAUGAUAAUAUUCUGCGUCGUAUAGAGAAGUAAAAAAAAAUACUAACUGUAAUAAUGAAUCCAAUAAAACGUGAUAUUUGCAAAAAACCAUUAUGUGGACAAUGCAAUCAAUCAAAGAUAUAUCUUUGUCAAAAUUGUAAAUAAAUUAAUAAAAACGUUGUAGUUAUGAAAACGAUAUCAACACGAAUCUAA